GUUCGCAAACCUUCGAAUAUUUUCACUUCCACCAGGGGUUUUUAGGGUUACGGUUUUUGAGUCGUCGAGGUCUUGAGAAAGAGGGGAAGCAGAUAUCACAGCGAAGGAUCAAUCAUCAAUGGCGUCUAAGGUUUCUCUCAAAGCGAAAGGCAAGUCUGCAAAAGGCUCAAAAUCCUCUGAGGAUCGAUCGACUGCUAAGUGCUUGAAGGAAUGGAGCACUUGGGCGAUUAAGAAGGCGAAAAUAGUCACUCACUACGGUUUUAUUCCUCUCGUGAUCAUCAUUGGUAUGAACUCAGAGCCAAAACCACAACUCUAUCAGCUCCUGAGCCCUGUCUAAAUCGAUAUCUGGGUUUCCCAGAUCGGGAAUUUGGUCCAAUAGGAUGAUUUUCGAUCGUUUCUUGUCGGUGGGUCGGUUCCUAUUUGUCGAAUCUACAUGAACUGAAUCAGUCUUUGUUAUUUUCAUCCUCUUUUUCUUUGUAGGGUUGUUUUCCUACAUGCAGCAUAAAUAGAUCACAAUUUUGUUUA